CAGCACAGAUCCACCAUUCCAUCGCCAGGGUGACAUUCCAGCGGGCUGAGCCAAGGCAGAGAACUUCAAAUAGGCUUUGGGUUGCUGUAUGUUAAAGGACAGCAAGAGUCACUUGACAACUGGUUUGUCAGCAUAAUGGCAUCUAUAAACAGACCUAGUGAAAUGACUAAAAAACGUAAAGCAGAUAAACAACGUCUCCUGGAGGAGAUCAACGAAAAGCGUGAAUCCAACUGCUUGGUGGAAAGGAGCAAUGAAGUCAGCUUACUGCGAGUCCAAAAGAGGCAUUUCACUGGUGUCUAUAAGUCCUUUAUUCACACCCAAAUCAGAGAGCCUGUCCCCGACAGUGGCAGGAGCUCCUGGGUCACGCUGAGUCUCCUUGUUCACACCGAGAAAAAGCACUUUCCACCAAAAAAUAAUGCCAUAUUUGGAUAAAGUGCAUCUCCAGAGACAUCCAGAAAUACAAUCUUUGAUUUUC